AUGGAAAAGUUUUUGAAAAGAAAAUCCGCCUCAACAUCUGAGACUGAGAGUAAUUUGGAUGAUUUGCCAUGGGAUCCUGCUAAACGGAAAAAGAUUUUGGAAUAUCAUCCAAAUAAAAGAGAUGAGUAUGCUAACUGGCUUGAGUAUAGCGUAUCGAAAGAUAAAGCCUUCUGUUUGUGCUGUUACUUGUUUAGAGAUGAUAUACAAAAACAAGGUGGGAAUGAUGCAUUUGUGACCGAAGGUUUUUCUAGUUGGAAUAAAUCUGAAAGAUUAGCUAUUCAUGUGGGUGCUAUGAAUAGCUUUCAUAAUAUUGCUGUUAAGAAGUGUGAUUCUUUGAUGAAACAAGGAUUAUCUUUCCGUGCUCAUGAUGAGUCAGUAGAGUCUGAUAAUAAAGGGAAUUUCAAACAACUCUUGAAAUACACAGCAGAACAGAACGAGGUUGUAGUUGUGAAAUCUAUUAUAGAAGAAAUUGAUCAUGGUGUUUUUGGUCUAUUGGUGGAUGAAUCUGCUGAUGUUUUACAUAAAGAACAAAUGGCUGUUGUUUUUCGGUUUGUCGAUAAGAUAGGAACAAUCAAAGAAAGAUUUAUUGGUGUUGUUCAUGUAAGAGACACAUCUUCCUUGACUCUCAAGCAUGCUAUAGAUGAUUUGUUUGCUAAGUAUGGAUUGAGCUUGAAAAAUAUAAGAGGUCAAGGUUAUGAUGGAGCGAUUGGUUCUUCGUACAAACGAAAAGAUAAGUUUCAAGAAAUAUACCGAAAAGAAAUUGAAAAAGAAAUCAAUGAUGGUGAAAUUAGCACAGGGAAAGGAAAGAAUCAAGAUCGUUCUCUUCCAAGGCCAGCAGCUACUCGUUGGGGUUCUCAUCAUAAGACAUUGUUCCGCUUGGUCGAGUUAUUUUCAAUAGUUACUAAGUUCAAUGAUCGUUUUACUGAAGUAAACACUCAACUCCUUAUUUGCAUGGCUUCUUUAAGUCCCACAAGUUCAUUCAAGCAGUUUGAUAAAGAUAAGUUGAUGAAGUUGGUUGAGUUCUAUCCAGAUGAUUUUACUUCUGUUGAGCGUUUUUCUCUUGAGCAGCAAUUUAACAUCUACAUUGACAAUGUAAAAGAGGAUAAACGAUUUAGCAAUUUGAAAAGUCUUGGAGAUCUUUCGCGUCUGAUGGUGGAAACACAGAAACAUCUUGCACAUCCUCUUGUUUACAGAUUAUUGAAGUUGGUGUUGACUUUACCAGUUGCUACAGAAACAGUUGAGAGAUGUUUUUCUGCAAUGAAGUUUGUGAAAACAACUUCUCGCAAUCGAAUUGGAGAUCAAUUUUUAAGCGAUUGUCUUGUUUGUUUUAUUGAGAAAGAGUUGUUUGAAUCAGUUACAAAUGAAACAGUGAUGAAGAGAUUUCAAACCAUGGCUCAACGUAGAGUAUGCUUGUAA